GUCAUACUGGCCGGGCUCCUGACAUCUGCAAUUUACCGGCGCUGCCCAUUGCAAACGGACCCUACAAUGCCGAAUGGAAAGCGAUAAGCCAAUGUUACAUCGUUCCCGAAUGGUGGCGCGAUGCCAAGUUUGGAGCCUGGGCACAUUGGGAUCCGCAGUCGAUGCCGGAAAGAGGUGAUUGGUAUGCCCGGAAAAUGUAUAUGGAAAACGAUCCUGUUUACCGUUUUCAUACAAAUACAUUCGGGCCACUUUCGGAAUAUGGAUACAAAGACAUUUGUCAUAACUGGGUGAUCGAUCGCUGGAAUCCGGAAGCCAUGAUGAACCUUGUCGUGGAGAUGGGUGCGCGAUACUUUAUGGCAAUGGGUGUUCACCACGAUAAUUUUGAUUGCUGGAAUUCAACCUAUCAACCCUGGAAUUCAGUUAAUGUCGGACCGAAAGUUGACAUCGUUGGCACCUGGGAAAAGAUAGCCCGUAAACGCGGACUCCAUUUUGGCAUCGGUUUUCACAAUACUCCACCACGCACGUGGGGGCAAUUCAUGCCUGUUCGUUAUAAGUACGACACAAGCGGACAAUCACCCAUUGCCUAUGAUGCCCUUCAAACUAUUAAGGAUGGCAAAGGAAAAUGGUGGGAAGGUUUUGAUCCCGUAGAUCUGUAUGGACCCGUACAUACCCGAAAUGAUGAUCCGCUACGCUCAUCUUUCGCCAACCAGUUUAUGUGGAGGGUCGAUGACGCAUUGAAUAAGUAUCACCCGGAUGUAAUUUAUUUUGAUGAACAUGCUGGCGAUUCACAGGUUGAUCUCGGUGUUCAUAUGGGUCUUGGCUUUCUUGCCCCGCAACUGAUCGCAAACUAUUACAACAAGUCACUAGCCUGGAACAACAACAAAAUGAAUGUACCUGCAAAUGACCUGCAGCCAUUGAGGGGACUGGCAGAUCCAUUACUUGCACACAACGUUCGGGUUUUUCGAAUAACCCAUGAUAAAGGUUGGUUUAACGAUGAUGAUCCCGGUGUGCGGGCGGCAGGAUGGCUACGGCAGUGCAAUCUCGGAACCGUCCGUAUAAAAUGGGAAAAAGAUAACACCAAAGAAGAACGGGAGUUUGUGCUCAUUAAUAAGACACCGACUCCAACAUUUAAAUUUUCAACGCAAGGUUCGAAACUAAAGAUCACUACCCGCGUGAUCACCGUUAGUUUUGAUAAAGUGAGCGGCGUCAUCGAUUAUGCCGAUAACAAAACAGGAAAGAUCUUUUUGAGUGAAACUGGUGGUAGCAGGAAGUUAAAACCCGAUACUGUUUAUGGGGAACCUUGUUUUGUUGCCGCGCAAACGUUCGAUUCUCCAGCCAACGAAUAUUUAUUUGGCCUGGGACAGUUCCAGGAUGGACAGUACAACCUUCGAAACAUCAGCAGGAAACUCAUCC